UGCCACACACACCCUCUGUGUAAAGCCAGGAGCAGAACUUUCCGUUCUCCUGCCACAGGCGUAACAAAUCUCCACACUUCAGCUGUACAGGAGGUGGAGAGAAAAUCAGAGCAACCUCCCAGUAACUGGAAAACCUUGACUCCCUCAUCAACAUGGGGGCCGUUGUCUCACGGUGGAGGGCUAAACCAUCCACUGUAGAGCUUCUGGAAGGAAUUGAUAAGGAUAUACAGGUUCUCGAGGAAUACAGUGAAAAGUAUCAAAGGCAAUUGAAGAUAUGGGUCGGACGACUGCUUCUCUACUCGUCGCUUCUCUUCUUGAUCACGUGUAUAGUCGUGUAUUUCUGGUACCUACCUGAGCAGUUGAUGGGACGACUCAUAUUGUCACUUCCCUUUGUAUUCUUUCCCUUAUUGGUUUGGUUACUUCGGAAAAUGCUUGUAUUUAUUUUUUCUCGGAGAACUGAAAGAAAUAAUGAAAAAUUAGAAGACCUUAUAGCACAAAAAAGAAAAAUACUUGAAGAAGUUAUGGAAACCGAGACAUACAAAAAUGCUAAAAUGAUUCUGGAGAGAUUUGAUCCUGAAUCCAAGAAAAAGAUGGAACUGGAAUCUACCCCAGUCGGACCUCAGAUUACUCCAAAACCAGGACAAGAGCUACGCCAUCGCAGUGUUAUGCCAAAGACCCCCCCGGUGAAUAUGAAAUCUGCGAGUAGUGCAGCUCCUCGCCCUCCUCUUGCCUCUGGGCCCACCUAUCCUGGACGAUCUGCCCACACUGCUCCAGGUGGACCCCCAGAGAGGAGCCUGUCGGCUAUCGCUGCUCAGCAGAGCUUGAUGAGGAGGCCUGUGACCCCUGGAACACCUGUUCCAGGAGUUGGCAUGCAUCCUCCUGGUCCGCCCCUGGCCAGACCUGUGCUCCCAAGGGAAAGAGGAGCUAUGGACAGAGUCAUUGAGUAUCUUGUCGGAGAUGGCCCUCAGAACAGAUAUGCUCUCGUAUGUCAGCAGUGUCUGUCCCACAACGGAAUGGCAUUGAAAGAAGAAUUUGAAUAUAUUGCGUUCCGAUGUGCAUAUUGUUAUUUCUUGAACCCCGCGAGGAAGACCCGGCCCCAGGCACCCAGUCUCCCCGUGGUCACUGGUGAAUUGAAGAUGUCACCUGAGGAACAUUUCCCACCACCUGGUGCUGGUGCAGACGACGGCCAAUCGGGUUCAGGGAAAUCCAAGCUUGUUGAUACGUCUGCUGAAGUGAACACCCAAGAACCAGACACACCAACAACCACAGAGUCCGAUUCUAUGUCCGACGAGCAAAACAUGCCGGAGUCACAAGACCUGCCCUCUGAGAAAUCUGAGGGAGAGCAAGAUUUGUCUGCCAUGGAAGUGGAGUAAAAACGACAGAGCAGUGAUUUCAAGAGAAGUCAGGCUGGAUUUUUCUGUUAACUGUAAGAAAAUGCCGUAAGUUGGAAUAACGCGGCAACAAGCAAGCAGCUGUUGUGAUUUUCAGCUUACAGUACACAAUGUCCUUUUUUUGAAAAUUGUUUUUAUAGUUCUAGCAAUUGUAAUGAAUUAAGUAUUAAAUCACAUAGCACUAUGAUUUGGUAGCAACUGCAUCUUUCUCAUGAUGAUUUCAUGUCUAGUCCACUUACUUGUGUGUGAUGUCUUACUGAGAGCAAAUAGUGUGAUGCUAAGUUGUUUUUUCGUAUUUUCGUUUUGCGUAUUUUAUUAGUUUUUGACUGAAUUCUAACAUUUUGCUCUCUGGGUUUACAGGAAAUGGUGGAAACAAAGCAAGUAUUUUGUGGGAAAAUAAAUUUUUAUUUAUGGGAAACUAUUUAUAAAUAUUUUUCUACAACACAGUGUCUGUGAUGACCAUGUUAACUUUGGUAGCACAGUGGCGCUAACAAACUGUUUACACAUCCAUGGUACUAUAAUAGGAAUGCACAUACAAUAUGUAUUUAUUGCUGAAAGGAAGAGAUUUAUGUCGGUACUGUGUGCCUGCUUUAAGUGCCUUGUAUAUUUUAAGUCUCUGCCUCAGAGUAUUGUCGACCUAUUUACAUACGGAGAAUAAAGCGAUAUAACCGUUUUCAGACUUAAGUGACAAGAUCUAUUUUCUGAAUUGUCUGUAUUCAUGUUCUGUAUAAAUAAUGCUAAAUAAACUUUUGGGGACAACUGUGUUCAUGUGUGCUUAUCAGGACACAUUCGUCCCAAUUGAUAAACA